AUGCCGCGCAAGCAGCAAAAGGCAGCUGGCAGGGACGCGGGGCCGGAUGCUCCCGGGGAGCCCUUGGAGACGGCUGGCAGCAUUGCAGGCGUGUAUGUAGAGGCUUCAAAGAGGAUAAUGAGCUUCUAUGAGGCCACCAGAGAGCAUCUACUGAGCCUGGAUUCGGCCCUGAGCCUCCUGGAGGCGCAGGCAGCCACGGGCUCCAUCUCCGACCCGCUGAGGAGCCGCCGUGUGCCCGUGGCAGAGGCCGUGAGGAUGGGGCUGGUGGGGCUGGAGCUGAAGGAGAGGCUGCUCUCGGCUGACAGAGCUGCUACUGGCUUCCUGGACCCCUACACUGAGGAGAAAAUCUCCCUGUACCAGGCCAUGCAGAAGGAGCUGGUGGCGACCGGAGGCGUCAUCGACCCGGCCACCGGCGGGCGGCUCGCGGCAGGGGCGGCCUGUGACCGGGGGUGUCUGGAUGAGGAGAUGAGCCAGCUCGCCUCCGACCCCGGCACUGAGGAGAGCAGGGUGUUCCUUGACCCCAGCACCAUGGAGAAGGUCACUUACUCGGAGCUGAGGAAGAGGUGCGUCGUGGAUCCGGCCUCAGGCUUCCUCCUCUUGCCGCUGCAGAUCACAUUCCCGGGGCUGGCAGGGAGGGUGAGCAGCAGGGACCUGAUGGACUCUGGCAUCAUCAGCCCCGACGUGUUCCGAGGCCUCGAGGAGGGCAGCGUGUCUGCCCAGGAGGUGGCAGAGAAUGACAUUGUCCAGCACUUCCUGCGCGGGAUGAGGAGCGUGGCGGGGGUUGUCCUGCCUUCCGGGGAGCAGAAGAGCCUUUACCAGGCGCUGAGGGAGCAUCUCCUGGUGCCUGGCGCUGCUCUCAUGCUCCUGCAAGUCCAGGCCUCCACCGGCAGCCUGACAGACCCCCUGAAGAACAAAAGCUACUCCGUGGAUGAGGCUGUCAGGGUUGGUCUCGGUGGCCCAGAGCUUUACGAGAAGCUGUCCUCAGCUGAGAAAGCCAUCACUGGGGAUCACGGCCUCUGCCUCCUGGAGGCUCAGCUGGCCACCGGGGGGGUCAUCGCCCCGGGCAGGCACCUGCGUGUCCCCAUGGAGACAGCCUGCGAGUGGGGGCACAUGGACGAGGCCACCAGGCAGCUCCUGUCCAGCCCUCCUGAGGACACCAAGGGGUUCUUUGACCCCGGCUCCAAGGAGAAGCUGAGCUACGCAGAGCUGCUCCAGCGCUGCGUCACCGACCCCAGCACGGGGCUCCUGCUGCUGCCGCUCCCUGGGGAUGGCAGCGAAGGGACCCAGGGGACACUCGGCUUCUUCGACCACAGGACCCAGACAGCUCUGGAGAACACGCAGGUGCCCGUUGCUGUGGGGAAAUUCAAAGGCAGGCCGGUGUCUCUGUGGAAACUGCUCUUCUCUGACUACAUGCAGGGCGAGCAAAGAGCUGCGCUGGCUCAGCAGUUCCUGGCAGGAGUGCUCUCCCUGCAAGCGCUGGGAGAGGCCGUCAGAGCCGCUGUUGAGGAAAAUGCUGCCACUGCUAACGUCACCUUCAAGGGCCUGAGGGAGCAGGUGACGGCUGACCAGCUCCUGAGCUCAGAAAUCAUCAACAAAGACUUGUUCAAGAAACUCAAGGAGGGAGAAACGUCGGCCAAAGAGGUGGUGGGCAUGGACACCGUCAGGAAGUACCUGCAGGGCACGGGCAGCAUCGGGGGGCUGCUGCUCCCCGACUCCCAGGAGAAGAUCAGCAUCUACCAGGCAAAGCGCAAGGGACUCCUCAGGCCGGGAACGUCUCUGAUCCUCCUGGAGGCACAGGCUGCCACGGGGUUCGUCAUCGACCCCGCUGCCAACAAGAGGUACUCCGUGGACGAGGCCUUACGAGCAAACGUCAUCGGCCCGGAUGUGUACGACAAGCUGCUGGCGGCGGAGAAAUCUGUCACUGGCUACCGAGAUCCUUACUCAGGGGCUAAGAUCUCCCUGUUCCAGGCCAUGCAGAAGGAUCUCAUCGUCAGGGACCACGGCAUCCGCCUGCUGGAGGCCCAGAUCGCCACCGGCGGCAUCAUCGACCCCGUCAACAGCCACCGCAUCCCCGUGGAGGUGGCCUACAAGCGUGGCUACUUCGACAAGAAGAUGAAUUUAAUCCUCUCCGACCCUGGCGACGACACCAAGGGCUUCUUCGACCCCAACACCCACGAGAACCUGACGUACCUGCAGCUGAAGGAGAAAUGCAUCACCGAGCCCUCCACGGGGCUCUGCCUCCUCCCUCUGAACAGCAGGAAGAGGCAGUUUGUGGACGAGGCCACCAGGCAGGUGUUCAGGAGCUCCUGGCUGCCCGUCAGGUUUGGGCGCUUGCGGGGGGAGAAGAAAGGAGUCUCCCUCUGGGAGCUCGUGCACUCGGGGUAUUUCACCGAGGAGCAGAGGAACGACUUUGUGGAGAAGUUCCGGUCGGAGGAGCUGUCGCUGGAGCAGCUGGUGGCUCUGGUGCUCAGGUUGGUGGGGGAGAUGGAGAUGAAAGCCAGGACCCAGAUCUCCCUGGAAGGCCUGAGGGGCAGUGUCCCUGUGGUCUGGCUGCUGGACACGGGCAUCAUUUCCCAGAAGACGUUUGAAGAACUGGCUCAGGGUGUAAGAACUCCCGAGGAAGUGGCUGAAAUGGAGAGCGUAAAGAGGUACUUGCAGGGCACAGGCAGCAUUGCUGGGGUCUUCAUAGAGGCAUCCAAACAGAAGAUGAGCUUCUAUGACGCCAUGAAAAACAACCUCCUCCUCCCUGGGGCUGCUCUGAGGCUGCUCGAGGCUCAGGCAGCCACAGGGUACCUGACUGACCCUGCCACAAACCGGAGGCUCAGCGUGAGGGACGCCGUGAGAGCGGCCGUUGUUGGAGAGGAGCUCUCUGAGAAACUCCUUCAGGCUGAGAGGGCUGUGACGGGCUACACAGACCCCUACACCGGGGGCUCCAUCUCCAUGUGCCAAGCGCUCAGGAAGGAGCUCAUCCCCCUGGCAGAGGCCGUGCCCUUGCUGGAGGCCCAGCUGGCCACGGGAGGGGUGGUUGAUCCCAUCCACCACCUCCACCUGCCGCUCCAGGCUGCCUGCAGGUACGGCUUCUACGACGAGGGCCUGAACCAAACCCUCUCUCAGCUGGAUGACAGCACCAAGAGCUUUUUUGACCCAAACACCAAGGAGAACGUGACCUACCAGCAGCUGAAGGAUCGGUGCAUUCGUGAUGCCGAGUCGGGUCUGUGGCUCCUCCCUCUGUCAGAAAAUGCGAUGUUCUGCGUGGACGAGCAGACCAUGAAGGUGCUGAAAUCUGUGACUGUUUGUGUCAACGUGGGGCGUUUCAAAGGACAGACCAUGUCCGUCUGGGACCUCCUCAACUCCGAAUACUUCUCAGACAGCCAGAGAAGAGAGCUGGUGCAAAAGUACAAGGAUGAGAAGGCUGAAGUGCUGCAGGAAAUCACCACAAUUAUCACCACAAUCAUCCAAGAGACUGAGGCACAGGGCAAGAAGUUCGCAUUCAAGGGCCUGAGGAAAAGAGUUUCUGCCAGUGACCUCUUCCAGUCCCAGCUGAUCGACAAAAAAACCCUCGACGAGCUCAACCAGGGGAAGAAAACAGUCAAAGAAGUGACUGAAAUGGAGUCUGUCCGCAGGUACCUGGAGGGCACUAAUUUCAUAGCAGGGGUCCUUAUCCAGCCAAGCAAUGAGAAGAUGAGCAUCUACCAGGCCAUGUGGAAGGGCAUCCUGAGGCCAGGGACCGCCCUGGUGCUGCUGGAGGCGCAGGCAGCCACCGGCUACAUCAUCGACCCUGAGAAAAACAAGAAGUUUUCGGUGGAGGAAGCGUUAGAGGCGGGUCUGAUUGGAGGGGAGAUUUUUGAAAAGCUGCUCUGUGCUGAGAGAGCCGUGACGGGCUACACGGACCCCUACACCAAAGCCCCCAUGUCCCUGUUCGAAGCCAUGAACCAAGGGCUGAUUGUGAAGAGCCACGGCAUCCGCCUGCUGGAGGCCCAGAUUGCCACCGGCGGCAUCAUCGACCCCGUGCACAGCCACCGUGUCCCCGUGGAGGUGGCCUACAAGCGUGGCUACUUCAACCAGGAGAUGAACCAGAUCCUGUCCGACCCCAGCGAUGACACCAAGGGCUUCUUCGACCCCAACACCCACGAGAACCUCACGUAUAUGCAGCUCCUGGAGAGAUGUGUCCAAGACACAGACACGGGGCUGUACAUGCUGCAGGUUGUAAAGGAAGGAGGAAAGUACUUCUACAUUGAUGAGUCCACAAAGCAGGCUUUGCGCUCAAAGCCCCUUCAGGUGAAAGUUGGAAAGUUUAAGGACCAAACCGUUUCUGUCUGGGAAGUCCUCUGCUCUCACUACAUCUCAGAGCAGAAAAGGAAAGAGCUGGUGAUGCAGUACAAAAGCAAAAACCUAGCGCUGGAAGAGCUGAUAUCCCUCAUCUUAAAAAUCAUCGAGGACACAGAGCGAAGAGGAGAAGCCCUCAAGGUCAAAGGACUGCGGGGCGAGGUGUCGGUGUCAGAAUUGUUCAACUCUGAGAUAAUUGACAAGAAAACUCUGGAUCAGCUGCAGGACGGGAGUCUCACCCUUGCGAGCCUCACAAAGAGGGACACCAUCCAAAGGUACCUGGACGGCACUGGGUGCAUCGCCGGGGUUCUCCUCCCUCUGAGGAAGGAGGUGAUGAGCAUCUACCAGGCGCUGAAGAAAGGCCUCCUCACAGAGCAGUGUGCCCUGGGGCUGCUGGAGGCACAGGCGGCCACCGGCUUCCUGGUGGACCCCCGGAGCCACCAGAAGCUCUCUGUGGACGAGGCCGUGUCCUCUGGGCUGGUGGGCAGUGAGCUGUACGAGCAGCUGCUGUCAGCAGAGAAAGCCGUGACGGGAUACACAGACCCUCAAACAGGCAGUAAAAUAUCUCUCUUCCAGGCUGUGAGGCAGAAGACAAUAGUCAGGGAUCAGGGCAUCCGCCUGCUCGAGGCCCAGCUCGCCACUGGUGGCAUCGUUGACCCGUGGCACGGCCACCGCCUGCCCCUGGAGGUGGCCUACAAGCGCGGGCACCUGGACGAGGACAUGUUCCUCCUGCUUUCGGAUCCAGAUCACGGCAGCAAAGGCUUCAUAGAUCCCAACACUCAGGAGAAGAUCAGUUACAGCCAGCUCCUGCAGAGGUGUGCCAAAGACAGGGAGAGCGGCCUGUACCUGCUGCAGGACAGGAGCGAUGUCUGGUUCCAGGGAAUUCGACAGCAAAUCACAGCAUCAGAGCUGCUCAGUGCACAAAUAAUUACAGAGGAAACAAUAGAAAAACUCCAAAAAGGAAAAGAGACGGCACAAGAGAUAGCAAAAAUGGACAGUGUGAGGAGGUACCUUGAGGGAACCGGGAGCAUCGCCGGCGUGCUGGCCGAGCCAAGCAGGAUGGAGAAGAUGAGCAUCUACCAGGCCAUGUGGAAGGGCGUGCUGAGGCAGGGCACGGCGCUGGUGCUGCUGGAGGCACAGGCGGCCACCGGCUUCCUGGUGGACCCGGUCAAGAACCAGAAGCUCUCAGUGGACGAGGCCGUGUCCUCUGGGCUGGUGGGCAAGGAGCUGCACGAGAAGCUGCUGUCGGCGGAGCGGGCCGUGACGGGCUACUCUGACCCCUACACGGGGGACAAGAUCUCCCUGUUCCAGGCCAUGAAGAAGGAGCUGAUUGUCAAAGAGCACGGCAUCCGCCUGCUGGAGGCCCAGAUCGCCACCGGCGGCAUCAUCGACCCCGUGCACAGCCACCGCCUGCCCGUGGAGGUGGCCUACAAGCGUGGCUACUUCGACCAGGAGAUGAGCCAGAUCCUGUCCGACCCUGGCGACGACACCAAGGGCUUCUUCGACCCCAACACGCACGAGAACCUGACCUACCUGCAGCUGCUGCGCCGCUGCGUGCCCGACCCGGACACGGGGCUGCUGAUGCUGCAGCUGAUGGACAAGGGCUCCGUGCUCUACCAGCUGAGCGAGGAUGCCCGCAGAGCCCUGCAGGCCGCCCGCACCACGCUGGCCGUGGGGCUCUUCCAGGGCCAGAGCGUCACCGUCUGGGAGCUCCUCUUCUCUGGCUACGUCCCCGAGCACCGGCGCCAGGACCUCCUGCGGCAGUACAAGGCGGGGACGGUCACCAUUGCACAGAUGAUCGACGUCCUCACGGCCAUCGUCACCAGGGCUGAGGCCCAGGGCCACGGUGCCAAUGGGGACCCCAAGGCCACAGAGAAGGAGAUCCUGCCUGAACCCAUCCAGAACGGCAGCGCCUCAAACUCCCAGAAGGAGCAGGAACAGAAGCAGAAGAAGGAGCAGGAGCAGGAGCUGGAGCGGUCCCUCAAGUCGCACACGGUGGAGGUCUCGGCCGGCGGCUUCCACGGCAGGAAGGUGUCCCUGUGGGAGCUGCUCUUCUCCAAGUUCGUGGCAGAGGCCAAGCGCCAGGAGCUGCUGGGGCGGCUGCGGGCCGGGAGCCUGGCGCUGGCCGAGCUGGCCACGCUGCUCACCCUCCUGGUGGAGGAGGCGGCGCAGCGCGGCAGCAGCGUGAAAUUCACGGGCCUCAGGAGGCAGGUGAGCGCCUCGGACCUGCUGGACUCGGGCAUCAUCGACACGGGCACGCUGGCCGAGCUGGUGCAGGGCGCCAGGACGGUGCAGGAGGUGACGCAGAUGGCCUCGGUCAAGCGCUACCUGGACGGCACGGGCGUCAUCGCCGGCGUGCUGGUGCCCUCCAAGGCCGAGCCAAGCAGGAUGGAGAAGAUGAGCAUCUACCAGGCCAUGUGGAAGGGCGUGCUGAGGCAGGGCACGGCGCUGGUGCUGCUGGAGGCACAGGCGGCCACCGGCUUCCUGGUGGACCCGGUCAAGAACCAGAAGCUCUCAGUGGACGAGGCCGUGUCCUCUGGGCUGGUGGGCAAGGAGCUGCACGAGAAGCUGCUGUCGGCGGAGCGGGCCGUGACGGGCUACUCUGACCCCUACACGGGGGACAAGAUCUCCCUGUUCCAGGCCAUGAAGAAGGAGCUGAUCGUCAGGGAGCACGGCAUCCGCCUGCUGGAGGCCCAGAUCGCCACCGGCGGCAUCAUCGACCCCGUGCACAGCCACCGCCUGCCCGUGGAGGUGGCCUACAAGCGUGGCUACUUCGACCAGGAGAUGAGCCAGAUCCUGUCCGACCCUGGCGACGACACCAAGGGCUUCUUCGACCCCAACACCCAUGAGAACCUGACCUACCUGCAGCUGCUGCGCCGCUGCGUGCCUGACCCGGACACGGGGCUGCUGAUGCUGCAGCUGAUGGACAAGGGCUCCGUGCUCUACCAGCUGAGCGAGGAUGCCCGCAGAGCCCUGCAGGCCGCCCGCACCACGCUGGCUGUGGGGCUCUUCCAGGGCCAGAGCGUCACCGUCUGGGAGCUCCUCUUCUCCGGCUACGUCCCCGAGCACCGGCGCCAGGACCUCCUGCGGCAGUACAAGGCGGGGACGGUCACCAUUGCACAGAUGAUCGACGUCCUCACGGCCAUCGUCACCAGGGCUGAGGCCCAGGGCCACAGUGCCAAUGGGGACCCCAAGGCCACAGAGAAGGAGAUCCUGCCUGAACCCAUCCAGAACGGCAGUGGCUUCCACGGCAGGAAGGUGUCCCUGUGGGAGCUGCUCUUCUCCAAGUUCGUGGCAGAGGCCAAGCGCCAGGAGCUGCUGGGGCGGCUGCGGGCCGGGAGCCUGGCGCUGGCCGAGCUGGCCACGCUGCUCACCCUCCUGGUGGAGGAGGCGGCGCAGCGCGGCAGCAGCGUGAAAUUCACGGGCCUCAGGAGGCAGGUGAGCGCCUCGGACCUGCUGGACUCGGGCAUCAUCGACACGGGCACGCUGGCCGAGCUGGUGCAGGGCGCCAGGACGGUGCAGGAGGUGACGCAGAUGGCCUCGGUCAAGCGCUACCUGGACGGCACGGGCGUCAUCGCUGGCGUGCUGGUGCCCUCCAAGGCCGAGCCAAGCAGGAUGGAGAAGAUGAGCAUCUACCAGGCCAUGUGGAAGGGCGUGCUGAGGCAGGGCACGGCGCUGGUGCUGCUGGAGGCACAGGCGGCCACCGGCUUCCUGGUGGACCCGGUCAAGAACCAGAAGCUCUCAGUGGACGAGGCCGUGUCCUCUGGGCUGGUGGGCAAGGAGCUGCACGAGAAGCUGCUGUCGGCGGAGCGGGCCGUGACGGGCUACUCUGACCCCUACACGGGGGACAAGAUCUCCCUGUUCCAGGCCAUGAAGAAGGAGCUGAUUGUCAAAGAGCACGGCAUCCGCCUGCUGGAGGCCCAGAUCGCCACCGGCGGCAUCAUCGACCCCGUGCACAGCCACCGCCUGCCCGUGGAGGUGGCCUACAAGCGCGGCUACUUCGACCAGGAGAUGAGCCAGAUCCUGUCCGACCCCGGCGAUGACACCAAGGGCUUCUUCGACCCCAACACGCACGAGAACCUGACCUACCUGCAGCUGCUGCGCCGCUGCGUGCCUGACCCGGACACGGGGCUUUAUUUCCUCAAUAUUGAACAGAGGAGGCAGCCUGGGUUAUCUCAGGACAUUCUGGUGAAGUAUGUCAUCCUCAUUUUCCUCACCCAGGUGUGA